AUGACUCAAAGCCGUUACUACAUCGAUGAUACUUACCGGUCCGAGGGAGUCGAACCAUGGGACGAGACCUCGGAAUACGCCCCUACCCCUGGAUACUUCCGUAGCCCAACUACAGCCCCUCUAUAUCUAGUCUUAGACUACUUUAGUUAUCUGAGUGGGAAGAGGUGGGGGGUUUAUGAAGAGGAACCGCCAAGCUGUAUCCACUAUAUAAUAGAAUGGCGGGUUACUAUCAAUAAGAAGAUAGUGUUAAAGGACACGGAAGAAGACCUCGUUUUGGCCCUAAGGGCCUACUGGCAGCGGUUCUUACAGGAUAAGCAAGACAAGGUCCUUUGUCGAAAGACUUCCCCGAACGGACGGGUAAGAGCUGAUGAUACUGAGAUCGUUGUAUCGGUGAACGAUCGUAUCUAG